UUGAUAGACAGUCACAAUGAAGUUCCUUCUGUUAUUCGCUUUUUUAGCGAUUUCUACUUCCUGCAUUGAUGGAGCUCGCAUACUUUGUUACUUACAAUCUCCUGGAAAAUCUCACGUUCUUCUUGCCUUGCCAAUAUGUGAAGAGCUCGCUGCUAGAGGUCAUCAAGUUCUAACCUUAACGAAUUACAAAUUUGGCAAGGACACUGCCAACUUUACGAAUGUUGUUGUACCUGUUGACAGCUUCAGUGAUGAAUUGAAGGAACUAAUGGCAUCUGGACAAUUUUCCUUUAAAUUUAUGAAAAUAGCUUCACAAUAUUUUCGAAAAACUGCAAUUGAUACGUUGGAGUCUGAGUUAGUGCGGGAAAUGAUGAAAAGUGCCAAAUUUGAUUUGAUCAUAUUUCUCAGCGUGAUGUUGAAUGAUGUUCAAUUAGGAUUAGCGGAUCAUUUUAAGGUGCCAUAUGUGGCUUUGUCACCCAUGGGAAAUAUGUUGUUGAAUCGACAACAUGUUGGAUCGCAUUCACUUCCAGCAACAGUUUCUUCUCAAAUGCUGGGUAUCAACGGAACUAUGAACUUUUGGCAACGUGUGAAAAAUUUCCUGAUGAAUAUUUAUGAAUACAUCAUGGCUUUCAUCAUAAAUUACAUGAACCAAGCAGAUUAUGAGAAAUUUUGGCCAUCCGACAGAUAUCGUUCUUAUGACGAAAUGAAGAGAAACAUCUCCUUGAUCUUUCUCAAUGGACAUCAUUCUGAUUCAGGCGUCAUUCGUCCUCUUUUACCCACCGAAAUUGAAGUUGGCGGGAUUCAAAUCAAGACGAAGCCAACUCCAUUAACAGGUGAUUUGAAAAAGUUCCUGGAUGAAGCUACAGAGGGCGCUAUUUUAUGGACUUUCGGAUCAAACGUUGAAGUUUCAGGAGUUGAACCAGAAAAAAUCGACAUCAUGUUAAAAGUUCUUUCCAAAUUAAAGCAUCGAAUUGUUCUCAAAUGGGAAAUUGACGACAAAUCUCGUCUCCCUAAGAACGUAUUUGCUCAAAAAUGGCUGCCACAAGACUCAAUUUUAGCACAUCCAAAUGUCAAAUUGUUCAUUGGACAUGGGGGCGCUGGAGGAUUAGGCGAAGCAAAGUAUCAUCAAGUCCCAUUAUUGGCAAGUCCAUUUUUUGCUGAUCAAAUGAGAAAUUCUGAAAAAAUUGAAGAAGAUGGAUGGGGACGAGCUUUUAAGGUUUCUGAAGUUACAGAAGAAAGUUUUACGGAAAUGGUUAACGACAUGUUGACGAAUCAAAAAUAUCGUGAAACAGUGAAAGCCUUAUCCGACAAAUACCGCGAUCGGGUAUCAUCAGCAUUAGACACUGCCGUUUUUUGGGUGGAAUAUGUCUUGAAACAUCAUGGAGCGCCACAUUUGCAAUACUCUGGAAAGGAUUUGAACUUUUUCCAAAGACAUUCUUUCGAUGUUUUAGCAUUUUUUGCCGCCAUUUUGUGGAUUUCUUGGAAACUCUUGAAAUUUUCUGUCAAAUUUUGCUGUUCAAAGUGCUGCAAAAGUAAAACUCAAACAUCGAAAAAACUGAAAAACAAGAAAAAACAAAAUUAAAGAGAAUUAAGCGCCAAUUAGUUGGAAUUGCAUGUAAUUCGGUAAUUAUUAUCAGCUGAUUAAUGAAUGAGAGAUAAGAAUUUUUUAGAAAAUCUUAUCUCAAAAAGUAAACAAAUAGUAAAAUCUAUUGAGUAUUCUUGAUAUUUCCUGAUUGCCAAAGUUCAGGAGUCAACAAAUUUAGAUUAAUUUACGACUUUAAAAUUUAUCAGUGCAUUAAAAAGUAAAUUUCCAUAGAAA